GCUAACGACAAAAUGUCCUGCCAAUAAUGACUACUUAUUUUCAAUAAUUAUAUAACAUCAUAGAAAAUUACACAUUAAUAAGCUUAAAUUAUUAACAUGAUUUUAAACUUCAUCAUUUUCCACUCUAUACCUCAAAACCAAAACCAAAUACCAAAUAGAAAAAAAGUACCAAUACCAUCAUCUAUUGUAUAUCCAUGGGCCACCCCAUGGUUCUUCUUCUCCCAAGUCCUCAUCACCAUCAUCACCCUUCUCUCCUCCACCACCAAUACCGUCAACCUCGUUGAAGCUCAGACAACCACAAACACCAACACGACAUCCUUCUCCUGCACGUCCAAAACGUCCACAACCUGCAAAACUUAUGUUAUCUACCGAGCCCAGUCGCCGGACUUGUUGGACACCGGCCACAUCUCGGAUCUCUUCGGUGUCAGCCGUUCCUUAAUACAAAGAGCCAACAACCUUUCCUCCGAGGAUGCCACCUAUCUUCCCCGGCCAACUCCUCCUCAUUCCCAUCUCUUGCGGUUGCUCCGGCAACCAGUCCGUCGCCAACGUCUCAUAUCUGAUGAAGUCCGGUGACAACUUCUACUCAGUCUCCAUCAGCAGCUUCGAAAACCUCACUGAUUUCAAUGCGGUGGGGGAGAUGAACCCUUCUCUGGUUCCAACCAAUCUCAAGGUUGGCCAAGAGGUGUUGUUUCCAUUGCAUUGCAGGUGUGUUACAAAGGCUGAGUUGGACUCCGGCAUCAACCAGCUCUUGACGUACGUAUGGCAGCGUGGGGAUGACAUUGCCACCCUCAGCAAACAGAUGAAUACCUCUGAAGCUACCAUACAAACCUUCAACAAUUACCGUAACUUCACAGCUGCUGUUGCACUCCCUAUCUUGAUUCCAGUUUCACAGCUGCCAGUCUUUCCUCCACCAAUCUACUAUAAUAACAGCUCUCUUUCCGACGCUCCGGGACGCAAGUCUGAAAAGCUAGAGAGAACCAUUGUCAUACUAUCAGCCACGUUAGGAGUUGCUCUGGCCUUGGCUUUGUGGUCCUUGUUGGUGCUUGCUUACUUCAGGUAUAGCCAUGAACGAAGAAAGGCUGUGUCUUUGGUUUGCACGGGUUCAUCAUGUUUGGAUACUGCUGAUCUUCUCAAUUCUAACAAAAAAACCAGCUGUGGUUCUUCUUCAUCUGGACAGAGUAAGACUGUGGCUGAUAAGCUGCUGCUUGGGGUUUCAACCUAUUUGGAUAAUCCCAUUUUGUAUGAUAUUGAAGUCAUCAUGGCAGCUACCAUGAAUCUAGAUGACAAGUGUAGAAUAGAUGGUUCAGUCUACAAAGCCACGCUCAAUGGAGAGGUGUUUGCGGUGAAGAGGGCCAGACGUGAUAUCACUGAGGAACUGACCAUCUUGCAGAGGCUUAGCCAUGCAAACUUGGUUAAGUUGAGAGGAGUCUCUGCUCGUAAGGAGGAUUUUUUCCUUGUGUAUGAGUUUGCUGAAAAUACAUCCUUGGAUACAUGGUUGUUCCCCAUGAAGUCAUCUUGUUCUUCAAACAAAUUCACCUUCCUCUCAUGGAAACAGAGGCUGAACAUAGCACUGGACGUUGCCAAUGGCCUUCACUACAUCCAUUCACAUAUCAGGCCAAGCAUAGUUCACAGAGACAUCAGGAGUAGUAACAUACUUCUCGGUGGCCGCUUCAAGGCCAAGAUAGCAAACUUCUCCAUGGCGAAGCCUGCGACGGUAGCUGUGUCGCCGAGCAUUGAUGUUUUCGCCUUCGGGGUUGUUCUCUUAGAGUUGCUGUCUGGGAGGAGGGAUGCUGAGAAUGCUGGUGUCUUAUGGAAGGAGAUAAGGAUGGUGAUGGAAGCGGAUGAGAAGAGGGAGGAGAUGUUGAAGAAAUGGAUGGAUCCCAAGUUGCAGGGUUUUUAUCCAGUGGAUGGAGCUCUGAGCGUGGCAGCAAUGGCAAGGGCAUGCACUUCGGAUAAAGCUUCAGAGAGGCCAAGCAUGUCUGAGAUGGUUUUCAGUCUCUCUGUUCUAGCUCAAUCAUGCAGUAAUGAUGAGUGUGAGAGGUUGUGGAUUUCCAAUACAGAGUACAAGGUUGUGAUGACAAACCCUGUGGCUCGCUGAGAUAUCUCCUAUCAUCAAUCAUGCUAAAGAUUCAACU